GUGCGUCCUGUGCCGCAGCAGCGCGAGGACACACGGAGGACCCUGGAGCGGAGACACCUUCAGACCCGUAUGAGGGACAUAAAAGUUUUCACUGGGCCAUUUAAAACGUAGUGCGGCUGUGCUAAUAGGAGGUAAGACAUGGAGGAUGAGAAGCCAGUGUGGGCACCCCACCCCACAGAUGGGUUCCAGCUGGGCGUUAUCGUUGACAUAGGAGCCGAUGCACUCACCAUAGAACCACUGAACCAGAAGGGCAAGACUUUUCUCGCUCCAAUGAGCCAAGUCUUCCCAGCAGAAGAUGAUGUCAACAAACAUGUCGAUGACAACUGUUCCCUCAUGUACCUAAAUGAAGCCACUCUUCUCAACAAUGUCAAAGUUCGGUACAAUAAAGACCAUAUCUAUACCUACGUGGCAAAUAUCCUGAUAGCUGUUAAUCCUUACUGUGAUAUACCGAAACUGUAUGGUCCUGAUGCCAUCAAGUCAUACCAAGGAAAAUCCCUGGGAACUCUGCCACCCCACGUCUACGCUGUAGCGGACAAAGCCUACAGGGAUAUGAAAGUCCUAAAGAUUAGCCAGUCCAUCAUAGUUUCUGGUGAAUCUGGUGCUGGAAAGACUGAAAACACCAAGUUUGUUCUCAGAUACCUGACAACAACAUAUGGCAGCGGUCAAGAUAUUGAUGAAAGAAUUGUAGAAGCAAAUCCCCUUCUGGAGGCAUUUGGAAAUGCAAAAACUGUCCGUAAUAACAACAGCAGUCGAUUUGGGAAGUUUGUAGAAAUUCACUUUAAUGACAAGAAUGCUGUUGUGGGUGGAUUCGUCUCCCAUUACUUGUUAGAAAAAUCCAGGAUCUGUAUGCAGAGUAAUGACGAGAGGAACUACCACAUCUUCUACAGGCUUUGUGCCGGGGCUUCUGAGGAACUGAAGAAGACAUUACACCUGAACUCCCCGGAUAAUUUCAGGUACCUGAGCCGAGGAUGCACCAGAUACUUUGCCAGUAAGGACUCUGAUAAACAAAUCUUACAGAGCCGCAAGAGUGCCGAGGACAAUAAGCAUGUGAAGGUGGGUUCUCUCAGAGACCCUCUUCUGGACGACCAGGGAGACUUCAACAGGAUGUGUGUGGCCAUGAAGAAGAUCGGCCUGAAUGACACAGAGAAACUGGACCUUUUCAGGGUUGUCGCUGGUGUUCUGCACCUGGGAAACAUCGACUUUGAAGAAACUGGGAGCUCUUCAGGUGGUUGUAUCAUGAAGAACCAGUCAGACCAGACGUUGAAGUGCUGCGCUGAGUUGUUGGGCCUGGACCAAGACGACUUGAGGGUCAGCCUCACAACUAGAGUUAUGCUCACUACAGCAGGGGGCGCCAAAGGCACAGUGAUCAAGGUGCCUCUAAAGGUGGAGCAAGCAAACAAUGCUCGGGACGCCCUGGCCAAGACGGUGUACAGCCGCCUCUUUGAUCAUGUGGUGAAACGUGUCAACCAGUGCUUCCCUUUCCAGACUUCCUCCAACUUCAUUGGCGUGUUGGACAUCGCUGGGUUUGAGUACUUCGAACACAACAGCUUUGAACAGUUUUGCAUCAAUUACUGCAAUGAGAAACUGCAGCAGUUCUUCAAUGAACGCAUUCUCAAAGAGGAGCAAGAGCUCUAUCAAAAGGAAGGGUUGGGGGUUAAUGAGGUGCAUUAUGUUGACAACCAGGACUGUAUUGAUCUUGUGGAGACAAAGUUGGUGGGAAUCCUGGACAUUCUGGAUGAAGAGAACCGCCUUCCUCAGCCCAGUGAUCAACACUUCACAUUGGCUGUUCAGACCAAGCAUAAGGACCACUUCAGAUUGACGGUGCCCAGGAAGUCAAAGUUGGCCAGCCACAGAAAUCUCCGAGAUGACGAGGGUUUUAUGAUCAGGCACUUUGCUGGAGCCGUCUGCUAUGAAACGACGCGGUUCGUGGAGAAGAAUAAUGACGCCCUCCACAUGUCCUUGGAGAGUUUAGUGUGUGAAUCAAAAGACAAAUUUGUUCAAGAGCUGUUUAAGAACUCCAGCACCUCCAAGGACUCCAAACAGAAGGCGGGCAAACUCGGCUUCAUCAGCGUCGGCAACAAAUUCAAGACACAGCUGAACCUGCUCCUUGAGAAGCUUCGCAGCACAGGCUCAAGUUUCAUACGCUGUGUUAAACCAAACCUUAAGAUGGUCAGUCAUCAAUUUGAAGGAGCUCUAAUUCUCUCACAGCUGCAGUGCUCAGGAAUGGUAUCAGUUUUGGACCUGAUGCAGGGUGGGUUCCCCUCCAGGGCUCCCUUCCACGAGCUCUACAACAUGUAUAAAGCAUAUAUGCCAGAGAAACUUACACGGCUGAAUCCACGACUCUUCUGCAAGGCUUUGUUCAAAGCUUUGGGACUAAACGAUGUUGACUUCAAGUUUGGAUUAACCAAAGUCUUCUUCCGUCCAGGAAAGUUUGCUGAGUUUGACCAGAUCAUGAAGUCUGAUCCAGACCAUCUCGCAGAGCUGCUGAAAAAAGUCAACAAGUGGUUGCUGUGCAGUCGAUGGAAGAAGGUUCAGUGGUGCUGCCUGUCUGCCAUCAAAUUGAGGAAUAAAAUGCAUUACAGAGCUUUGGCCUGCAUUAAGAUCCAAAAGACUGUCCGCAUGUGGCUGUGUAAGAAGAAGCAUAAGCCUCGAAUCGAAGGUCUGGUGAAAGUUCAAAAGCUGAAGAAACACAUGGAGCGUUUCAACAAAGUGGUUAACGGGCUCAAGGAAGGAAAACAGGAGAUGGCCAAACAAGUUGGAGAGCUGGCCGCUGCCAUAGAUGCUCUGUCUGCAAAGAUAAAGGCCACAGUGAUGACCUGGAAAGAGAUCGACACUGAGUACCAGGAGCUGGUGAAACGCUCUGAGCAACUGCUUGCCUCCAUGCAAAAGAAGAAGCGGGAAGAGGAAGAGACGCAGAGACUAAAACACAUCCAGGAGGAGAUGGAGAAAGAGCGGAGGAUGACGGAGGAGGAAGAGCAGCGACGUAAACAGGAGGAAGACGACAGAAAGCUCAAAGCAGAGAUGGAAGUGAAAAGAAAGCAGGAAGAAGAAGACAGAAAGAAGAGAAAGGAAGAGGAGAAAGUUAUUCAGGCUGAACUGGAAGCACAGUUGGCUCUGGAGCGCGAGGAACAGGUCCAGCGUGAUGCCAUAUUGGGGCAGGAGCGAAGGGACAGGGAGUUAGCCAUGAGAAUCGCUCAAAGCGAGGCUGAACUCAUCAGUGAGGAAGGCCAGUUGGAUGCAGGUCUGCGCAGUGAUGACUUCUUUUCAGGUCUUCCUAUCUCUUCAUCCUCAGCCAGAGUCAUGGGUCCUCAGGUGCAGGCAACCAAAGCUGCUGCCGGUGUGAAAAAGUAUGAUCUCAGCAAGUGGAAGUAUGCUGAACUGCGAGAUGUCAUCAACACUUCCUGUGACAUUGAGCUGCUGGCAGCCUGCAGAGAGGAAUUCCACCGUCGUCUGAAGGUCUAUCACGCCUGGAAGUCCAAGAACAAGAAAAGGAAUGAUGACGGGAGCGAUAUGAGGGCUCCUAAAUCUAUCACUGACUACGCUGAACAGAACCCAGCUCCUCCAACAACAGCCCAGCAUCAGGAGGUCGCAAUGAACCGCCAGCAGCGUUACUUUCGAAUUCCUUUCAUCCGGCCCGCUGACCAGUACAAGGACCCCCAGAAUAAAAAGAAGGGUUGGUGGUAUGCCCACUUUGAUGGCCCCUGGAUAGCCAGACAGAUGGAGCUUCAUCCAGACAAACAGCCCAUUGUGUUGGUCGCAGGCAAAGACGAUAUGGAAAUGUGUGAGCUGAGUCUGGAGGAGACGGGUCUGACCAGGAAGAGAGGGGCUGAGAUCCUGCCCAGGCAGUUUGAGGAAAUCUGGGAGCGCUGUGACGGGAUGCAGUACCUGAAGAAAGCAAUAGAGAACAAGCAGGCCCGCCCAACGUACGCCACCGCCAUGCUGCAGAGUCUUCUCAAGUGAGCCCUGCUCGCCCUGAAUUCAACACUGAUGCUUCUGCACAUUCAUGAGCGGUUCAGUGCCUCUGUGGUUUGAAGAUUUUAGGGGAAAAAACGCAUGCAAAGAUGCUCCCUGCACAAUCUUCUUGCUAAAUGCUCACUUGAUAUUGAUUCUUUUAUUGGUUUUAUUGCCUAUUUUUUUUAAAUAUUUUGCAGUGUAACUUUCAUUUAGUAGUGCUAGCAAUCUGGUAUUUCUUUUCCUUAACCUAUGCAAACUAAAACUCCCACUCUGAGGCCUUAAAUUGCAAUGAAGUUGCACCACGUAAGUCUUAAUUGGUUCAUCGUUUGUAGCUGUAAAACCCAAACAGUGACACUGAAUUAGAUGUUCUGAGAGCUCUAACUGUGUUGUGAUGCCAUAAAGUUCAUGCUUUAUGAUUUGUGUGACUAUAAAGGAGGACAGUCGCCAUUUAGACAAAAAUCCAAUUCUUAUUCGUAAAACAAUCUAAUGCCGACUGAAUUAUAUCGUUUGUUUGUUUUAUUCCAUCAUUUAUGCUACAUUUAAUGUAUUGCUGCAACAAUGUGAUGCCUGUAAAGAGUAGAAAGUCAUUUACUUUUCCUGGCUGCACACAUUAUGUCCCCCCAGUCUUUUUUAUUGCUACUCAUUUGAUAUGGGAGAGGGAAAUGUUUUCAUGUUUGCAGUUUUCUUGCAUACAGGGCUGUUUUACAUCUAAUAAUGUUAUUGGUGUUUGUGUUAUGUUUUUUUUUUCCAGGGGUUAAGGCAAGCAACCUAUCAUUUACCUAUAAAAUCCCAAUUAACACUAAAAUCUAAGUUAUGACUACUGAGCAUCUGUAAUCCCCUCCUGUAUGAUGGCCUUUUCUUAUAGAAAAUAAACAUUUCUGAAAGAUU